UCUGUCGUGAAGAGAGCUGAGCCAGAAGGAAAAGUUCUCGAUUUACCGGUCGAUCUACAUUCACCUACGUCACAAGGGUGGUAGUGACCAAAAUAAUUGGAUCGCAGAUACAAAUGGCCAGUUUUCUCCGCAGGAAAUUAUAUUCUGCACUGGUGAUGAGAUUUGGAGAUUAGCCACAAUACUAGUUAAAACUUUGCUGCACGGCAUUUAAUGAAGAUGCAUUAAAAAUGAAGGGUUUGUACAUAGUUACAGAAAUAUGGGGACAAUAUUUUGCUAAAAGUUAUUUCAUUUAAAAAGAAAAAUACGAACAUCUAUUUUGAAUGUUCUGUUCGUUGUAGACAUUUUAAUUUGAUCUUUUUUCUGCACACAAUUAUUUGGCAUCUACUUCUGUUGAGGUAAGAUUAUUUUCAUGAAUCUGAAAUGGGGCCAGCAUUUUGGUGCAGAAGUAUUGUAGCGACGUUUAACAUGGUCGACAGGUGGCAGCGUUGGUCUGUUCUGAACCUUGUAAAAUUGUUAAAUCCUGAAAGUUGGAAACAGGUGAGAUUUUAUUUUCGUUUCUUUCAUUAUGAUGCUCAACAUGUUGCCGUAUUUAAAAUUUUUAAUGUAAAUUUGAAUUAUGCUUGCAUAAACUAACACUUAUAUGAAUACGGUGUUUUCUUGAGAUGUGUUGGACGAGUGUGAAUCACAAGGUCCUUAAAAGAAGCAUUUUAAUAGGUUAAAAAUGAUCCUGAUGAUUUGACACACCUGCGUUCUGUUUUUACACGCGCGCGCUCAAGGACCUGGCUUUAUAGGUUCCUGUUCCUGAGGCGCAUCGGGGGUGUUUAUUCCCCCGCAUCCUCCUCAGAGUCCAGACUGGAAUCAAACGUGUAUUUUUUCUCCUGGAGUUACCAAGCCGACCCAAUUUCUGUUAUUUUACUUCCCAGUAAAACUGUCACUUGUACGCAUAUAUCAAAUCAACUAGAGGGCCCCCUAUAAAACAUUUAUUUCCUGUUAGUUAAUUAUUUUAGUUCAUCAGUGGUGUGCGGUUGGUGCUUCUCUCUAAACGCUCAUAGUUAUUCCCGCCCCCUGCGCGUAAGAAGACAAGACGCGCUUUUACGCGCCGUAUUCACUUGGAGAAGCUGAGAGCGCACGAAGAUGCCGGACGGACACGCGCGGAUUAUUGGCAGUUUCUAAUAUCGUUCCUCCCUAAAGGAUGUUCAUGUGCAGCUGCGACUCUCCAGUAGGCACGACAAUUCUUCUCGAAGGCGCAGAGGACUCCAACACUUCCAAGACCAUGCCCAGAAUGAAUCCAAGUAAUGGAACUCUAUCCGUGGGAUUCCCAAUUACCAUGAUGGUCACUGGGAUGGUUGGAAACUCUUUAGCUCUUAUUCUGGUGUAUAUAUCUUACAGAAAGAAGGAGAAUAAAAGAAAAAAGUCAUUUUUGCUGUGUAUCGGAUCACUGGCGCUUACUGAUCUGUUUGGACAGCUUUUGACCAGUCCGGUUGUUAUAUCAGCCUAUCGGGCUGGACUUAAAUGGAGCAAGAUCGAUUCAUCCGGCAAACUUUGUACUUAUUUCGGUGUUUGCAUGACAACUUUUGGCCUGUGCGCACUCUUCCUAGCCAGUGCCAUGGCAGUGGAAAGGGCCAUGGCCAUAACGAACCCCCACUGGUACUCGAAUCACAUGAAGACUAGUGUGACCAAGCAUGUUUUGGCUGUCAUAUGGUGCCUCGGGUUCCUCUUUGCUCUGCUGCCCAUCGUGGGGAUCGGGGAGUACACGAUCCAGUGGCCGGACACCUGGUGUUUCAUCAACACGAGAAAAAGUGACGGCAUGGACAACACGAUUUUCGCCAUCACCUUCGCUGUUCUGGGUGUUUUCUCUCUGAUGGUGACUGUGUCUUGCAAUGUGAUGACGAUCCGGGGUUUGAUCAUCAGGUGUAAAACAAAAACAGGCACGUCUCAGUCUUCAAAGCAGUGGGAACGUCUCACCACGGAGACAGUCAUCCAGCUGCUGGGGAUCAUGUGCGUUCUGCUCAUAUGCUGGUCUCCUUUGCUGGUACUGCUGCUGAAGAUGAUCUACAACAAUGUGUCUUCUGAUGCGUGUAAUUCAACAUCCCUUGAAUACAACACCACCUUAAGCCAGGAUGCUGUACUAGACUGCAACUUCUUCCUGGCAGCGAUACGGCUGGCCUCCCUCAACCAAAUCCUGGACCCGUGGGUGUAUCUACUCCUGAGGGAGAUCCUCCUGCGCAAGUUCUGCAUCAUGGCUAAUGCUGUGUCCAACUGCUCCGUAGAGGAGCAGAAGGAGUCUCAGACAGCUCCUGAUACUGGAAGCAAGCCGAAUCAAGAUGGCAACCUUCUAAAGUCACAAAGUAACUAACUCGAGCUUUUACAGUGAUUGCUGUCUUCUGACUGUUAGACAAAAAGGCUUUCGGAAAUAUCAGAAAGUCUGCAAAUGAAAAUGAAGUGAGUGACUUUCUGCACAAUAAGGGAUUGAGCCAAGCCUGCUCGGAGCAUUUGUUUUGUUUACAACACAUUCCAUUGAAAGUUGCCUAACCAGCAUGUGGAUGCAUGACUGUGUCACCUCCUGAUUUUCGGCUGCUGUGCGGCCAUCACACAUUUCUCAUCACCAAGUUUGAUACCAAACUUCACCCAGACCCGGCUACUGAAUGUGAGUGACUUCAGACUUACCGGAGAUGCAUCUCAUGGUGUUUGCUCUCAGCAGCUUGAAGCCACAAAGUGACUGAACAGCCUUCUCUAUAUUGUGAAUGUUUAGCACUCAAGAAAACAUUGAAGUGCUUGAAUAGUCUUGUAAAUAUAUUUGUCAUUUCUGCCAUAAAUCCACUUUUAAGGAGAAAAUCUGUCAGUUGCAAAGCUCUGGAAUUGAGCCAGAUGCAGAUUAUUUUAUUUAUUGUAUAAUUCUAUUUGUGUGUGUGUGUGUGUGUGUGUGUGUGUGUGUGUGUGUGUGUGUGUGUGUGUGUGUGUGUGUGUUUGCGUGCGUGCGUGCGUGUGUGUGUGUGUCUGUGUGCUGUUGACAUUGUAAAUGAUUGUUAUAUCAAUCACUUCUCACAAGAGGUGCUCCUUAGCUUUAGCAGCCAGUAUUCAGAAUCAGAAGACUUUUUAAAAUGUUUUGCUCAUCUGAAUAAAAUUAAUGCUGUUAUCGCUAAUCUACAGAACAAGCUAGGUUUUGAACGCAAACAUGGUCACAGAACACUCACCCCUCCCCUUGGGUUUCUUCCUCAAGACACUUAUGCCAGAAACAGAAACCCACAUUUCAAGAGGAAACAAGAGAUCGCUAAACACCAGUCAGUAGGUCCAAACAUCUUUUGUUGUCUGUGACUUCAAAUGGUUUUUCUUUUUGGGACUCUGGUAGUUUGUCCUGAAGUUGAAGUGGUAGCAGCCGGCUGUUUCUCCGUCUCUGAUAUGAUAAAGCGCAGAACCUCUCACACCAGUGGUGUUCUAUUGUUUAGUACUCAAGGAUGUAAUGAUUGGAGGACCCAGGGAAGUCGGUGGUUUGCCCAGAUCGACAACGGAUGGUCCAAUAAUUGCUUUUGGCCCAAAAUGUGUCCUUGACAGAGGUUUUUUUGAAAAAUGCCAGAGAACCACUUCAUUUAAUCUUUUUUCUUAUUUCCCCAAUAUAUUUAUAGCUGUAGUAUGUUAGAACAUUGUUAAGUGCCAUGAAUGCUUUAAACUAAUUUGUUUUCCAAAUUAGCCAUUUUUGACUAAAUUUCACUGUGAUGUAUCUGGCUAUUUAACAAUCAACAAUGCCACUAUCAAUAAAAUGGAACGUUUUAAUAACAGAAGUGGGAGUUAUGACUGCAGGUAGAGUUGAAACAUGUUUUUUGUUCUUGUUUUCUGGCAUACAAUUUCAAUUUCUUUUUGCCCGUCCUACACAAAAGGCAGAAUAAUAUGCAGAAACGACACUGUGAAAUGCACUGUGAAGAUUUUAUUUAUGUAUUUUAUACCAUGUCUUUUAGUAUUCCACUAUUUUUCAUAGAGUCACUUAAAUAUAAUAGUUUUUACCCCAGUUGCUCUUCUAAACAGAGUUAAUUAUUCAAAGCUUUUUAACAACACAGGAUGCUAUUUGUCAGCAGCCUCCAAAUGCAAUCAGUAAGAUUUUCUGAAGAGCAGCCUUGCUUUUGGUGCCAGCUUUCCAAAUGUGAAACGAAGGGGUGAGCAUCCACGGUGGAAGUUGCAUCCCUCUCUUUUAAAGCCGGUUUGAAUCAGGACUCUGUGCAGCAGCAGCGUAAUGAUGACCACGAUCAUCACCCUGUAGUGCUCUUUGAGUCCGUUUUCAUCAUGGCUGGUAAAAGACAGGUCAAGGUUUGGCACAUUUGCUGCCAUGGUAACCUUUCAGGUUAUGAGACUGUCCGUCAUCAUAACUGGCCUGGAAGUCUGCCUCCUCAGCACAACCACCAAUAAGAUUAGGCUAAUGCGCUCCAUCUCCCGGGCCUGGUUCUACUUUUUAACUGAACAAACACACAGGCUCAGUGAUCACGAGCCAAUCAGAAACUGUUAUCUCUGAAGUGAAACGAGUCUUUUCGGUUUCCAAGUAGAAGAAGAAGAAGAAGAGAAGAUAAUUUCUAUAGCGCCUCUCAAGAUAAAAAUCAUGAGGCGCUUCACAAAAACAAAAAAUGUAAAAAUAUGAAAAAUAAUUUAGAAAAUGGUAAAAAAUAUACUUAAAAUGAGCAAAAAAAACAGGUAACUGUGAUUAAAAAAUGUCAAGAAAGGGAGAGAGGUAACUCCUUAUUGACCAAGAAAACAUCAGAUAAUAGAGUUUGUUGGUUUUUGUUUCCCAGUAUAAAACAGUCAAUGUCCAUGAUUAUUCUGGAGUUCACCACCACCUAAAUGUGUUGUAAAAAUGUUGUCCUUAACAAGUAAUCAAUAUCUCUAACAUCUAGUGGCAUUAUGUUGAUGUAAGUGGCUCUAACCUGAAUUAAUAAUGAAACUAAUUGAGUGCGCGGCUGUGCAUUGAGAAGAUUUAUCGUGCAGCAGUUCGUUUAAACUCAAACUGUCACCUCUGAGCUUUUAAAACCAAUUCUCAUUUAUGAAUUGUUGUAGGAUUUGGCUCAAUCACCUUCCUCUCGAAUGCCUGGCUUAUAGUUAUUUUCUAUCUGCACUAAAAAUUACAUCCUGAAAGCUGAACCAUUCUGAAUGUGGCUUUGAGUUUUCAGGUAACAGACAUCCCACAAGUCCCCCACUGUGGCAGUGGCGGAUCUAGGAUUUAGCGGAGUAUGGGGCAAUCACGCGUCACGUCACCCUUAGGCUUCUGAAGAGCCGAAUUGAAACACAGUGGGCAGUUCCCACUAUCGCCAUCUUGGCCACAUCACACAUUGAGUCACUCCCAAAAAAUACAAAAAUGAUUAAAGAGGUGGAGCUGAGAGCGGGGCUGUGAGGGUGGGGGCAAAUGAUUGACACCCAUCAAAUUCUGAGCCGAUGUAGCUACAAGCUAACUGACCUAACAGGGGUUGUAGGGUGCUUUUAGUCUGAAAACUGUAGUUGAGUGACUCUGGUACCCUCUGCCGUCUAGGCUCUAACACUUUUAACGUGAGCCCAAGGCUGAGAUCUUUGCUGGAUCAAGCAGGGGGGCAAGCCGCUAGCAUUAGAACUGACAGCUCUACUACCUGUCAAUCAAAAGGACACACCCCUAAUUAUUCAUCAUUUCUAACUUUAAUUACAUUAGAUUAGAGUAACAAAAAAGUUGUCAUAACGAUAAAAUUGACCUGCCGAAAAUGUUUUUGUACCAGGCUGUCAACAUGUUUAUUCCUGCUGUGAAGUUUGUUAACGGAAUUGGCUCUGUUCUUGAGCCAGCCCCUAGUGGAUGAGGGGGGAACAGCAAUUUUUGUCACUUCUGUGUUGGCUUCACUUUUGGCAGGCGGCGUUUCCCACUUGGACAAAAUUUCAUGGUAGGAAACUCCUAUUUGGCUUAUUAGCAUCACUAGUGUGCGGGCGUGGAAUUGCAUCCACUUAUAAGCUGAUCGUUGCACAAAGGACAGAUGAGUGACAGGACAGGGGCACUUCAGGGGGCCAAUCAGAUUUCAGUAGGGGCCAAUGCCCUUGUGGCCCCGCCCCUAGGACAGACAAUGAACUUUGGACAAAAUAAGUAAAUAACUGUAGCUAGUUCAAACAUGAAUGCAGUAAAAGCCAAUGCAAUAUUUACUGGGAGCAUUUCCUGUUGCACUGAAGUACGGUUUUACUAAUGAAUUAGAUCUAAAGCUGCAGAGAAACAUGGCACCUUCUAGAGUCCUGGAACCCCCAAGGCGCUUUACAACACAAUUGGCCAUUCACCCAUUCACACACACAUUCACACACUGGUGGGGAUGAGCUACAAUGUAGCCACAGCUGCCCUGGGGCGCACUGACAGAGGUGAGGCUGCAGAGCACUGGCCACCACCAGCAGGCAAGGGGGGUUAAGUGUCUUGCCCAAGGACACAACGACAGCGACAGACUGAGCGGGGCUCAAACCUGCAACCUUCUUAUUUCGGGAUGAGCACCUAACUCCUGUGCCACCAUCGCCCACCACAAACAUGAGAUGAAAAUACGUGUAGGGUUUUUUAAUUGGCCCUUCUAGGGUAAUGUUGGUUUUAAAUGAUUUCAAUAAUCGAUUUUUCAGACUUUAAUGGAUUCUGUAAACAUGUUGUUGUCAAAUUCUGACCAAAAUACUCUGAAAUCUAUUCAAAAAUGUAACUUUUCAGCAUUGAUUAUAAGAAUCAUUCAAUUUGUGUUGUUCACAUGAUGAAUUGAUGUUCUUUUGUGCCAGGACUGGCUCAUUUCAACAGGGAAAUACACACCAGCAUGGUUGGGGAGAGUGUAAUUACUUAAUGAUUUGAUGAGGCUCACAAAAUCUAGCAGAUCCAGCUGGCUUCCUCUCCAUUCCCUCAAGCCACUAAUGCAUGGAAGGGAUUUACUGAUUGGCUCUGACCUCUUCAGAUAUUUAUAAAGGGUGAAAGAACAUCUGAUGAUGGUUGACGGACGUUUUGCAGAUAAAAUGCAAGUAUGGUGUCGUGAUUGUACAGGAUGUCAGCUGGGUCAGUUGAAUUGUAAACUUCGUUUCUGCUACUGAAACUUUACCUCCCAUCCCUAAAUAGUCUGUUCAGUUGUUUUGAAUGAAUUUUGAAUUAACUAUAUUUGCAUAUAGAAAAUAUUUGCAAAAGAAGCAAGGAGGAGCACAAGAGCCUUUGUCUAAUUCUUAUUUUUCCACAAAAAAUGACAUUCUGACACCGUUUAACUAAUAAAAUAAACAAACUUCUUUUAAAGUACUGUUUAAGUCCACGUUUAAGAAAACACAAACGUCAUGUGUUCACAGGAAUAGGUUUGGCCUUUCAACCAGUAAACCUUCAACCACUGAAGGUGAAAAAUGCCUCAGAUUUACAUCUUAUCUUUUCUUCACAGGAUGCCUCUAGAAUGCCAAACGAUAAAUUUGCAAUGAUUUUUUGUCUCAACAAUUCUCAGAGAUGUCAUUGUUCAAUGAAGGCUACACACACACACACACACACACACACACACACACACACACACACACACACACACACACACACACACACACACACACACACACACACAGACAGUCUCCACCUUUUGUACCUUUGUUUUUAGACCGUUUAGCGAGUCUGUCAUGGACGUGCUUACGCUACAAAACCCUAAUGUGAAACUAAAAUUUGGACAUGAUGAAGAUGAUGUCUUCGUCCUCUACCUGACUUCCAAGUAGGGGACAUCUUGUCCAAUAUGUAAAGCAGCUUUUGUGGCUAAAGUAAAAUAUGGUAAUCCCAUUAAAGGAACAAGACAUCUUUCAAUUAUAAUAAUAGUUGCACGAUAAAUAAGGAGCAGUGGAAGCAGAGUGAGUAUUGGUUUUAGAGGACUUUUUACAACACGUGCCUAUUGCUUUGUUGAAUGUAAUUCUCCUCAUUUACAUUUUAGUGACAAUUAAAUAAAAAUAAUAAACACAACAGCUGAUCUUCUGGGGUAAAAUGUUCUCCUAAUUGGAUAAACAUGAAACAAUUGCUUAGUUUGGUCUUUUUAAACCACUUAAACAUCAUUGUUUAAUAUUAUGAUUUCUGUGAUAACUUGUUUUAAAUGUGUUCAUGUAAAUGUGAUUGGCCACUGAAGAGCAUGUGUAGGCUUCAUAUUGCUUGUCAGUCUUAUGCAAUGUGAUUCCUUUGGGCCAAUAAACAAAGCAAUGUGGAUUAAACACUGUGUCAAAGCUGUUGUGCAAUUUGUAUUUGGGAUAAAAUAUCUCUGUUUCUUUAAUAACUAAUCUGGAUUCAUGAGUUUGCAAAUGAAGCAUCACUCACAUCCCAGACUUAAUAUUGUCAUCCUGUUGUCUGGACCAAUAAUGCUACAUUUCAUGUUGGGUUGAUGCAUGUUCUUUGUACUUUGAGACAUAAUCCACAAACGCAGGAAAGUGUGCAUGCUGCACAUACAUUCUUCCAGCCUCUGUGAUGAAACAAAAAGUCAGGUGCUAAACAAAUUAUGUGUCAAACACAACAUCCUUGAAUUAAUCUAUAGGUGAAAAUGUGUUUUAAAUAUAAGUGAUAUUUUUCAUCAAAAUUAAAACAGUCUGCCUCUGAAAAGAUGGACUUAUUCCACCAGAAACCACACUUAAAUGACACUGAAUACGCUCAAAAUGUGCUAAAAAUAAACUUUCCUCAUUGUAUUUAUUUGUUUGUCUUUGUUUUUGUUGGCUCUGUACAGUAUUCUAUUUACUAGAGCAAAAUAAAGUCAAAAUGCACCUAUAUCUUUCUAUUAUAUGUAUUCAUUCUGCUUUUAGCAUUUACUCUUUUUUCAGUUUAACUGAGAAACAUUAAAAUCCAUCUGGUGCAAAAAGCCCUCACAAUGAGGUUUUUGUCUCUGUUUUGCAAACACCCACUCAGCUUGUUGACCACCCAUAAAAAUUUCCUCCCUCAGUUUGUUUCUGCUUGGUUUCUGGGAGCCAAGAGCACAGAAGAUUGUGGCACAACUUCCUUUCUUGUUGUAUUCUGGGAGUGGAUGUACCGUAAAUUCCAGACUAUAGAGCGCACCUCAAUAUAAGCCGCACCGGGCUAAAAGCCGCAUAUAUCUACUGAAUUGAAAGCGUAGUUUAACUGAACGUAACUGAACUGAUCAGUAUCAAACAAAACAGAAGUUAUUGAUUAGUUUAUUCAUCGUCCUCCUGCGCACUGAAACCACUGAAGUCAUCUUCUUCAGUGUUGGAGUUGAACAGCCUCGGAAGAGCUUCGUCACAUACCUUUUCUGUGGCGAUGUCAGUGUCGCUCUCCGUGUUGCUGUCAUCAUCCCGGGGUGAAGCUGAGAAAACAAGCAGCACUGUUUU